UUGAUUUUCAGUUGUACUGAUCUCGCUGUUCUGAUUGCAGUUAGUGUCUCUCUUUUGUCUUCGUUAGGCGUACGAAUUUAGAGUACUUUAGCUCAAAAUAUUUAUUCGUUUGAUAAAAUUAUUUUUGUUUAUUUUUUCAAUCAACUGAGUAUCAUACUUCGUUAUUUUAAUAAUUAGUAUGCCAUUUAUAUCUAAAGAUUGGCGAUCUCCUGGAGAGGUAUGGGUAAAAACAAAGGAAGGUUGGGAAAAAAAGAAAAUUUUGGAGUGCUGUAAUUUUCUUCUUCAACAAGAUAAUGUACUCAAUGGAAUUACAAUUUCUGAAGCUUGCCGCGGUGAAAAGUCAAAUGACCAUUGGGACGAAAACAAGGAAAAUGAAGACACAGUCAAUGCAAAUAAACGUCUUAGAACAAAAUAUCCUUUUAGCGAAAGUCAAUAUGAUGGUGUCAUAAAACCUCAUUGUCAUAUUACAAUUAAAUGCACUAAAGAGAUUGCUGGAUUUAAUGGUUUAAGUGAAGCACUCAAACGUUUAGAUUUUCGUUCUGCUGUACAUGAUGUUCGUCGUUUCCAUUAUAUCAUUAAACUUCUUGAUUUGCUGGUUUCUCCUAGAUUGAAUGCUUUAUCAGGAUGUGCUCAACGUGUCCUUUUUAAUAUAAUAGAAGAAGUAGCACGUCAAGUAUCAGAAAGUCAACAAAAUAAACAUAUGUUGGAUCGUCUAUUAGGACAACUUAGAGAUGUUGUAGAGGUUGCUUGCUGGGGCAGACCUCUAGGUUCAACUAUUUUAUGGGAGCAACACUUAAGUGCUAUAAAUCGUAUUCAUGAAAUCGCUGACAAUAUAGAAAUACGUCAACCUGUUAAUAAUGAUGAACCUCAAUUUGAACAAUUACCAGAAGAAUGUGUACGUGAAGUAUUAUUGCGGUUAGCCGAUCAUAGAGAUUUAGAGCGGUCAGCUCAUGCAUGGGGUGUUAUGGCUCGUUUAGUUGAUGAAUUACGUAUAUGGCGUGAGUUAUGUCAGUUCCAUUUUAGUCCUCGACAAAUACAAUCUGUGAUAGACAAUUCACCUACUACUAGUCAUGAUUGGCAAUAUUUAUAUCACAAAUUAAGAAAAUGUUAUGGAUUGCGUGAAGAGUAUGCAGAAAUGAUUCAACUUUGUAGGAAUUGUCGAUGUUUAUUUUGGCACAGUAUUGGGCAUCCAUGCAUUGCCGAUGAUCCUAAUUUUAUGGGAAAACUCCGAGAUGUUGAUAAAAAUUCUCUGUAUGUCCCUAUACCACCACAAGCUUUCUUAAAGUUUUUCUCAUUAUAAUUUAAUAUUAUAUAAUAUAUAUUUUCGAUAUACGGCUUGAUAAAUAACAUUUAAUAUUAAAAGCUUUAACAGUUUUUGAAUCUUUAUGAUUUAGAAUUAUAUUUUCGAUAAUUCAUACAAAUUAUUUUUGAGUAAAAUGAAAAUUACUACUUUAUGGAUAACCAAAUUAAAAACAGAAAAAUGUUUUAACAUUAUUUGAGAACUUUUUUUUUUAACAAAUUUUUUAUUUAUAAUACCUUUUUCAAAGAUAUUACAGGUGAUCAAAUUUAGUGAAAUAAUUCUUUUUAUAAUUAUUUUAUGAUUCCUAGAUAUAAGUAUUUCUGUAUUUUCUAGUCAUUAAUUGUUUAGUUUUAGUGUCAAAAGCUCCAUUAAUUUCCCUAAUUUUUUAUUGAUGACUUUAGAUAAAAUAAAUAUUAAAUCAUGUUAUCGUUUUUUUUAUAAGCAACUUUUAACAUACCAUUUAAAAACUACAAUUUUUCUAAUUAAUCUUUGAUUGAUUGUAUUUAUUAUCUAUGUUUUUUUAAUUUUAAAAUUAUAUACUUCCUAAAAAAAAAAAUUUUAUCUUGUUGACAUUUUUAUUGUUAAUUUUUCAUAUAAAACAAUAUGCAUGUUUUUCUAAUUUAUUUUCUCCGCAUUUGCUAUAAAUGCAAAAAAAAUAGAAUAUAAUAAAAUUUUAUCUAUAAUUAUAAAUAAAAAGUUAUACAUGUUGAUAAUUAUUAAUUGUUCAAGCAUUUAUAACAAUAAGGACUUGUUAAAUUACUAAUGUGAUUUUAUUGGUUGUUUUUUUUAUAGAAACAAACUUAUAUGUUAUGAUAUUCAUAUAUUUUUUUAGAAAUAGUAAAAUAAUAAUGUAGUGUUACAAACUUUAUAAUUAUUACUGGUGAAAUAAUCAAUUAUAAAAAUUUAUGUUUAUUCAAAUUCAUAUAUAAAAAUUUUAUAACUGAACUUCUAUUUUUAUUUUUUAUAAACUGAUUAAGCAUAUAUUUUUGAAAUAAAAUUUGAUAUAUGACCAAAAUAUUAAAAAUAAAAAACAAGUUAUAACUAGCCCUACAUAAAUUAUAAACAAAAACAAUUUGAUUGGUUUGGUUUGACUUAAACAAAAAAUACUAUCACCUUUUUGUAUAUAUUUACCUGGUAAAUAUAUUAACCAACUAAAAAUGUUAUGACAAUAUUAAUAUUAUCAUAACAAUAAAAUUAUUAUAAUGAUAUAAUAGUUUAUAUUAUAAUUAUACCGUUAAAAUAAAUUUUCAGUGAAAUUGAAAAAAAAAAUAAUACUUAUUUGAAAAUUAAUUUUAAAUGUAAAAAUUAUUUUUAAUCAUUUUAAUUCCUAUUUUAAUGUGUGUAAUAUAAGCAUUUCACUCAAUUAGUCAGGUAUCUAUAAAGAUAUAAAAUUAUUAUUUUUUAAGUUUAAACUGUAUUAUUUUUUUUCUUGUUAAAAUAGUUCAUAAGCAAUUUUUUUAUGUUAAUGAAUUUAAUUUUUAAUUUGUGAUCUUAAAUUUUUUUAUUUUUGUUAAAGGACACUGAUAUUUUUUUGUGUUUUAUAAUUUUGUUUUUAUGAUAUGUAGUUGAUUUUAAUGUUAAGUAUUGAAAUAAAAUUAUUUGAAUUAUAA